GCGCAUAACAUGAAAUGCUAAAGCAGCUGUUUGGUCACAUAGCUUCUAGAAGUUAUGAGUGUAUGAGUUGUUUUCUGUCUGUUCCAUGGAAUGUCUGAUCAGUUUUCACCAAAGCCUGAUGAUCAUAACUUGUCUAAAGGUUCUAAUCAGAGGUUUUCUGAAGCACCGGCAACUUUACACUCAAGCACACCUUCAAAAUCAGUGGCGUCAUGUCCACUCGGUCGGACAGUUAAUAACCUUUCAUUACUAAGAGGAAGCAGCAUCCACAUUGGUCAUGAUUUAAAGAGCCCUUCACAUAGAUGGGCUGCCAGCGAUCGCUUGCGCCUCAUCCAUUUUCUACAAGAUAUUCAGCUUGACCGAGCCUUAGAUGUACUGCCGGAUAACUGCACCUAUGAAGACCUACUUAAAUGUACACUAAAAGAGCUCCGUUCCGUGUUUACUGGGUGCCUCACGGAGUCCGAAAUAAAUUCCGUUUAUUCAGACCUACAUUCUUAUGCCUCCAGUGGAUAUACAACAGAGUCGCAUUCACGUUCUGAGGAAUGUCAACCUAGACGAGUAAGGCUGUAGAUUAUACAUUAGCUUUAAUAUUUAUAUGUAACACAACCAGUUGGAGAUUGUUGUGUUUAAUUGUUGGUCUAGUAUGUUUAUGGAGAUCACAUCACUGAGGGAUAUCAUUAGAAAUGGAAAAACCAAGUGCAAAGGGAUACGUGCUUAAGAAGACUGUGUACAACAUAAGAAGACAAUCACUUAGGUCUUAUUGUUAUACUUUUCAACCUACACCUACUAUGCCUGUCUUUAUCAGUUUGAAUAGAUGGCUCAGUAGUAUAUGUACCAUAUCCUAGCUCCCGUAACUAAAUAAAAACCAUGUGAAUAACCCAUUUUUAUCUGCUGGUAACUUAUUGCCCAACUUAUAUACCAUUUAAUCAAUAGUUAUUUAGACUGCGGUCAGUUUCAAAACCAACUGUCAUCAGAUGUAGUCCUGUUUAGUUGUCUCACACAAUAUGACAGUACACCGCUCUACGCGAUAACCAAUGCUUAGUGGACAUUUAUAUGUUUAACUUUCCUACACUUCGUUAGCUGAUGUCAGUUCGGGUUAGUGGCGUGGGUGCAAUUGAGUAUUGUACCUCUUUUCCGAUUUUUUAGUUAGAGUUUGAACCUUUUCAGUAUUUCUCGCAAAUUGUAUUCUAAAUACUGGAAGCGUUUACGGCUUAUCCAGUGCAUUUAUCUGGUUUGUGUGUUUCUAACAGGCUAAAGGACCUCGACUUCCUCUACUAAUCUUCUCAUGUUUGAAUUAUCAUAUUAGUUGGGAGUUUAUUAAUAUCCUGUGUACCAUAUGAAUGCAUUAUGAAAUUCGUCGGUGAGUUACUUUCGACAUACUCUGAUAGCGAAAUUCUGGCGUUGGUUGUUUAUGAUUGGCUACAUAUUACCGUUGCCAUGUGAUCAGUGUAUAUUGUUCUAAAUGUGGUUAGCUUAAGUAUCGUUUUCAAGUUAGUAGUCUUUUUUCAGUUCGUUAGUUGUAAUUCCUUAUUUUGAACGAACAGGUGUUUUCCCUUCAUUUUAGUGUUCCGAAACUUGUCCGUCCGAUCAAGUUAGGCAAAUGUCCACGAGUGCCAAUCGUCGUUCUCGUCCGCUCCUUGGUUCAUUUUCGUGUGCAUCUUCAGAACCCCAUUCAGAAUGCGUGAAAACCAAGUUGCAUGCAGCAAGUUCGGGAACAUCAGGAGAGGAGACGUCUAUUAGUGAAUGCAGUGUAUCCAAAAUGGAUCCAGAACAACCUAAAGCUGUAAAACGGGCAUCAUCUCUUAGCUCAGGUGAUAUACCACAAAUCCAAUCAAACUACCGCCCAUCUUCCUUGUCCAUAUCAUCAGCUUUAGCUGAUAGCCACUCAUUAUCUUUACAGGAAGAUGGUAAUGCAAAUUCCAUUGGUUUUUCGGGACCAUGUUUAACCUAUACUGGUUUGACGAGUUCGGAGUUUUGGAAAGAUUUGCAGUCACAAAGUGUUUGUGAUAGUCAGUUCAAAGACUACUCGAUAGCGAAUUCUGCCCUACCAGUUUCUUGUAAUAUACAAAAACAACGAGCAGAUAUAAACGCAUGUUCUGUAAUUUCGAGUGCAUCAUACUCAGUUCCAAUUUGUCAACAAGUCAGUAAUGAGUUACAGUUGUCUCCGUUCUUUUCAAGCCGCUUGUCAAAUUAUGAUGGACAUUCCAUCGCAAGUACUCUCCUACGAAUAAAAGGUAGCUUUAUUGGUCAGUCUGCACCGAACUUACUGUACUAUAAGCGUGAUCCCAAUUAUAAUCAAUUCGUUCACUGUCGAAACUCAUAUCAAAAUGUCUCGUCAGCUUAUACUCCACCUUCAAGCUUAAAAAGCCCUGAAUCACUAAUCUGUUCAAAGGCUCCUAAUGGCCCGAAGUAUGAAGCAAUUGUUAGACAGUCUAAAGUUUCUACCAAUCAAUCACUACUCGGAUCCGCCUCGGGAGCAAUUAAGAACAUUGAUGAAACUACCCGAGCACUUACAUCACUUCCUUUUCAUACUCAGCGUCGGAGUAUGUUAGUAAGCGGUUUGGGUAGCCUCAGUGGUAGUAGUGGUUGCAUGGCGGAUCGAAGCAUGUCCAGUCCUGCUCCUUCCAAUGAACCUGAUAGUCCAGUUUUUUCUACUGCUUAUCUUGCUCAUAGUGAUAUACCAUACCUUGUAUCACCAAAGAACAGUGUUGUUGCGUAUGAGCCACCACAGUUAACUAGAUCUUCUGAUCACUCUGGUGAAAAUUCAAAAACAGAGAUGCCAUGUACUCAUCAAAGUAUUAGUAAACUACAAGACAAAACUACACAGCUAAAAAAAACCCAGACAAACUACAAAGUCAUCACAAGUAAAAAUAUCGGUCAGUAACCUUUAUUUACUUAAUCGUAUCAUUUUUAUUCGGUUAUUUCUGGCUAUCGAACUGUACCAAGUACUUGUGGUGUCAUAAAUUCAUAAAUAUGUUUUGAUAGCUAUUUUAGUUAGUUGUAUGUUUGUCUUUUGUCCAUUCGGUUAGUGAGUUAGAGCAAUAUGAUCCAAAAAAGCUUUUUUAUUAUAAUUUUUAGUUAACUAUUUCUGAAAUAGUUUUUAGUAUGGUGAAUUUGCUGUAAUAUGUUAACACCUUUCAGAUUUAUAUUUAUAAACAGAGAUUUAGAUUUUAGUAGUUAGAUUCUUCUAUUUGUUUUCUCAGAUUUUGACACCAGGAUUUGAGAACUGUUGAUUGGAGCUAUUGGAUAACUCUAAGUAGUUAAAUAUUUAGUAUUUCACGAGUGUACUUCAAAAAAGUUGUUAUUUGCGUCAUUUUGCCUCUUAAUUUGUGGAUGCUUACCAUUUUCUAGGUUGUUAAAUGAUAUUCCUCAUGUCACGUCCAUCUAAAUUCCGUCUACCCGUUGGAUAUUAAAACUAGUCCAUAAUGACAAUAUACGAAAUUAUAAAAUCCUUGAUCAAUUUAGAAAAUGAUUACAAUAUUCCUAAAUGUGUGAUCACUACCUUCGGCAGUACACCUAAAGGUACAACAUAAAAUAAUUCAAUGAAGGAGGCAUCUACUUUUGAAGCUAGCACACUGAAUGAUUACUAUCGUGUCACUACUAAUAUUCUUGGGUCAAAUGGUCGGUUGACUCACCACUACGAUUUUAUCAAUCUCACCAUUAAACCAGAACUCAUUUCAGUCUUGACUAGUGCAUUUCUCUACUCUUAACAGUUAAUUUGUUCAAAUCUGCAACUAACUGAAGGUAAAAGAUGCCUUCACGAUAUCUUACUAUAAUAAAUUGAUUUUCACUCAAAUUUCAGAUACUAUUCCCCUUCAAGAGUCGUGUGAUGCAUCUUUGUUUACUGAGAAACGGAGUUUCAUCCCACGCUUGCGUUUGGAAAGAAAACAGUGAGUUUAGUCAAUGUCCAAUAAUAGCAUAAGUUAUAAAACAUAUUGUUAAGACAUUUUCAUAAUUCAGCACCUUUCUUUACACCAAGCAGGUGUCGGUAAUUUGUGGACGCUGUGGGAGCCGUUCAGAUAAUAUUCAAGAUACAUGCCAAAGACAUGUCAGUGUUCUAAAGUGGUGGUUUACUCAAUUAUCGUCCGAAAAUCUGAUAAUGAUACACAACGUGCUACGCGCUAACUCCCUAUCUGACUACUUGAGCGAGAACACAUUAGUGGACAUGAAAGAGUAUUGGGCUACCGGAUAAAAUGCACAAAUACUCCUAUGUAUUUAUACAACUCUACCCCUUAGAAAAUAAAUCCAUUUCUUAGCCAGUGAUAUGCACUUUUCCUACAGGUCACUUUUGAUUGCCAUCGAUUGACCUCAUUUAGCUACUUUUGAUUGGCUUACCAUACCAGUCGAUAUGACCGAGCAUAUUGGCGAACGUCGUGAUUACUGAUUUGGUGUUGUCAAUGGGUGUCAGUGAUCCUUCGGAGAUUAAGAUGGUCGAACACAGUCGCCGAACAUCCUUAACUCAGUGUGGUCAAUUUUCACAAACAUAGAGGGAAACUGCACCCGCUGACGCGUUGUGAUUCCGAUCUUUUACAGCUAGACCAACAUCACGGUAAAUCCAAAGGUGGCCCGGAUUAGUAUAAGUUACUCUGGCUUUCAUUAUACGUAGAUUUAUCCUAUCUGUCACACUGCCUCCAGUGCUCACAAAACUACCCAGAUAUGCAAACCUUUCGAUUAGUUAUAACGGAUUUUCACAAGAGUGACUGCAUGCACAUACUGUUGGGAUUCUUGCAGAAGUGCUCUGUAUUUAUGUAUGAAGUAAAUUCCAUGCUUACGGACACUGAUCUUCAACUGAUUUGAUACAAUUUGUGUACACAGUAAGGCGAUGUCAUCUGGAUACUCGAGAUAGGAUUUUUUCCAGGCAGUAAAUCUACACCACCUUACGUGCUUCCUUCAGAGCUGUUUCCAGUAUGUCGUAGGUGGCAAGCUGAAAAAGAAUGGUGAGAUCGGGCAGCCCUGCCUAAUCUCACUGCUGAACCGGGACAAUGGGGAGAUGUAGUUAUAUGCAUAGACAGAUAUUACGAAGAGACAUUGCUUCCCAUAUCAGUUUUUUCCUCACAAUCGAUUAGGGUCACCUCUACUCUAGGACUCAGUGCUACUCUAACUUUAGUCAAUCUAAUGCGGUUUUCAGAGAGAUUCUGCAUAAGCGUACGUGGAACAAAGUUUCUUCAUCUACGGAUGAACGGAUUAGUAGGGCUUCGCUACAGUCUUGAAUUCAGGUCUCGGAGAUACUGUAAGCUUCGAUAUCAGAACUUUGCAAUGACUUAGCCAAACCUGUCUAUUGUUGAAGAAGGCCAGUUUAAAAAGCACGUGUGACCUCAGGAAAGCUUACUCAGAUUUCGUAUUCGGUGGAGGCAUUCCUAAAUUUGGUCAUUCAGCGACUUCAGACUGUUCUAAAUGAACAGAAUUUCCAACAGAUAUUACCUGGUGAGUGAGUUGUAGUAUACGUGUAAGCACAUAGAAACGAUAAACAUUAGAAAAGUGAGGCAAUAUCAGACAAGUAUGUUUAAAUUAAAUAGAGAGUUAAUAUCGUAUGAAGUGGUAGUGAAUCAGAUCAAGUAUGUCAUUUUCCCCACAAUUAUCAACUACCAUAGUUGCGCACGGUCUGGGGUACUACCAGGCAACCUAAACUGAAGCAGAUGGUUUACAAAUAGUAUCACUCCCGGAGCCUAUGACUUGGGUGUCUAAUCCAAAAGGUUUGUGCGUCGUUUGUCCCUUCCUGACUAGAUCCCAUAUACACCACUGAUUCUGAGUUAGGAUUUUCCAAUCUCCUAAUUGAUUGCCAACCUGAAAGUAAUAUUUAUCGUGUUACGUAUAUAGAUAUGAAGGACCUUAUACAAAUAAAAUCCUAGAAGCCAUCAAUUUAUGGAGGGACCAUUUAACUUUUUUGUACUUAAUGUACCUAUGAGGAAAUUUUAGUACUUUAUAAAUGUUCCGUUGCAAAAACUAAAUGCCUGAAUUGAGUUUUUAAAAAUAUAACUGUUUUUCGAAGUUCUUAUAAAUGUAGUUACUGAAAGGUAGUUAAAGGUAGUCACAUUUUAUUUGGCAUUCUUCUUGUUCUUUUCUUUUAGUACUCUAGAUUGUCGUCGUUGGUCACUAGCCUCAUUACCUUCGUCUGGUUAUGGUACAAAUACAUCGGAAAGUGGCAGUCACUUGUCUCGUAGUCGAUGUUCAUCAAGAGAAAAUGUUUCUCAUAGUCUUCAUCCUCAAACUAACACACUGUAUGCAAAUGAUCGUGGAAUUUCUGCUCGUUCGAAAUACCAAACAUCCAUACAAACUCCAAUUAAAUCCAUACCGAUAGAACGUUCUUAUUCUAUGAGAUCACCUUCAAUACCUGUUUACUCACAGCUACCGAAUUCGAAAUCUCCUCUGUCAUUGUCCUCAUCUGCUGGUCAAAAUACAGAAUCACCAAAUUUAUGUUUUAUUUCGCGUUCACCAAAGGAAUCGUGUACAGCAGAGACAAGAAGUGAUAUUUCACUUUCUAAUGUUCUACCUUUCCUGUACACUUCAGUUCACAGUGCAGAUUCUAAAAGCGUACCACACACGCCUGUUACUCGGGCAUCACCUCGAAUUAACCAUAGUUCUGUGAGUGCUGUUCAAACAUGUCACAACUCAAGCUUUGACGGCUGUCGUACCCGUUCACGUAGUUUAAGUCCAUUACGUGUCUCAAAUGUUGGCUGUGAACAAGAUAUACUGCUUUUAAACCAUGUUUAUCGGGAGCGCUUUCCAAAGGCAUCCGCUCACAUGCAAGAACAGUUGGCUUCCCUGGCUGAUGAAAUGGAGCAUAUGGAUACAGUAUCGUGGUCUGCAGUAGCAAGAUUUGUCCAUUGUCAAGUUGUCCAACAUGCACGAGAUUGUUUGCAGAAGGCUCUUUCAGGUCUUGUAACCUGCCGUUAUUUUUAUGAAAUGACUGAAAAUUUGAGCAAACUUGUCGAAGAUACUCGUACUCGUGACGCGGAUUCUAUUCCGCUUGUCGUCACAUUUGUCCGUCGACUACUUUUGAUUAUUGCCCGGCCUGCACGAUUACUCGAAUGUUUAGAGUUCGAUCCGUCUGAAUUUUAUCAAAUGUUAGAAGUUGCUGAAAGUCACGUACGUCAUCGAACGAACUCCGUUAAUGUACCGGGUUCUCAGAUCAUUUCAGCUGACGUCCCUCUAUACAUUAUUUCGAAGCUUGGUCUCAGUAAAACUGUCUUGGAUGAGUCACAGAAUAUCAAAGCUUCUCAUCUGUGUAGUUCUAAUUUAAAUGAUUCACACCAUCCAGAGAAAUUUAAAUCUGAUUCUACCAUAAGAGUUAGAACAACUAGUGGAUCUAACCUGGAUUCAUGUAUGCAUACUGAUGAUGAAAUUGUUUCGCGGACAGCGCGUAGCAAUAGUAGUUGUGUUCCAAUUCGUCCACCUUGUGAAGCUGACUUUGAAGUUAUUAAAUUGAUAUCUAAUGGCGCUUAUGGUGCUGUUUAUCUUGUAAGACAUAAAAUAACUAGACAACGAUUUAGCUUGAAGAAAAUUCGUAAACAACACUUACAAUUGCGUAAUCAAGUUGAACAAGUAUUCGCUGAACGAGAUAUUAUGAGUUUUGCAGACAAUCCAUUUGUUGUUAGUUUAUGUUGUACAUUUGAAACAAAAAAAUGUUUAUGCAUGGUGAUGGAAUAUGUGGAAGGGGGUGAUGUAGCAACUUUAUUAAAACAUAUUGGUGGACCCUUACCAUUAGAUUUGGCUAGAAUGUAUUUUGCUGAAACUGUAUUAGCUCUUGAAUAUUUGCAUAAUUAUGGCAUCGUUCACAGAGAUUUAAAACCAGAUAAUUUGCUAAUAACACAUGAAGGUCAUAUAAAGUUAACUGACUUUGGACUCUCCCGAAUUGGUUUAAUGAAUUUAGCUACUAAUUUAUAUGAAAAAAAUUUGGAUUUAGAAAAGGACUGUAAAAUGUUUCGGGAUAAACAAGUAUUUGGAACUCCAGAAUACAUUGCUCCAGAAGUGAUUCUCCGUCAGGGUUACGGUAAACCAGUGGAUUGGUGGUCUAUGGGGAUUAUGUUAUACGAAUUUCUCGUAGGAUGCGUCCCGUUUUGUGGUGCCACUAUAGAAGAACUUUUCGAUAAUAUUGUAACAGGUAUAUGUUAUUUAUAUAUGUAUAAUUAGUUAGCUAAUCGAAAUUCCAGGACAAUCGACGAACAAGAAUGUCACAAGUAUUGUUUUUCUCCUAUGUUUUCGUCCAUCAUUCCUUUCUUGUAUUAUGUAAAACAAGCUAUUCGCGAAAUUACCACAUGUUUUCAUGAUCGAUAAUCGUCUUUUUAGGCACCCUUAUUUUUCGGACACAGUUGGUAAUCGAUUUAAGAAAUAGUGAUUUCUCACCGUGUGCAUAUUUUAUGUGUUUUUUUUUAUUCAAGUUUCAAUUUAUUUUUCGCCUCAUGCCUUAUGUCUCGUGCAGACACACGCAUACUUUACAUAUUUACAUGUUCAUAUAUCUACAUAUUUAUAUGUAUAUACUUGAUUGUUUCAAUGUAAUUUAUUUUAAUGGUGCAUGACCUGUAGGAUAAUUGUGUUUUUUUCUUUGUAUGUCAGAAAUUUUGAAAUAAAAAUAUGAAAGAACUUUAUUUCAAAAUAACAAAAAGUAAUAUUUUUUUAUAUUGGGGUAAAGUGAAAUGCAAUUGAUUUUUGUUUUGUGUAAAUUGCACUGUGUUCCGCUUUAUGGAUAUUCAAUGGUAGGUGCUCAAAUAUACUGGUAAAAUAGUUUUUUUCAUAGAAUUUAAACAAAAUAUCCAAAUUUAUAUAUAAACUAUAUAUUACAUCACUAUCUAAUUUUAAAUCUUCAUCCAUGUAUAGAAUAUCAAAGUCAAUUAACUAAAUUCCUUUAGCUGAGCUUACACACUAAAGAACGUUUUUUAAACUGAUUUAGGAGGUGAUUAGACUUAUUACUGUUUAUACACUUAAGAGCUAAUCCGAUUUGCAUCAAAUACCUAUAUUUUUAGUUGUAACAUAUGCUAACUAUUAAUUAGAACUUUUUUAUUUCCACUCGUAGCAAUAAAUAUGAUUCAUCAUAAUGGCGUCUGAUCAAAUCUCGGUGUGAAUUUUAAAGAAAAACUCGGUUAGGAUUUGUCAACUUGUUUCACUUGUGGUUUAGGGAGAGAUAUCCAUCUCCCAACUAAAGAACGUGUAUACCGCUCAGCAGUUUGCACCGUUGUACUUUAUGUCUUUGAAGACUAGUCCUUAAAAAUAAAGGAGUAUAUUCGUAGGUUGCUAGUAUUCGAAACAUUUCUCGUGUAUGCUAGGACUUACUAGGUUAGAGAUUCUAGGGUUGGACGCAUGGUACUAGAUGAAGAUGGUAAUUCAAUUGAUGCGGUGGUGCAUCUUUACAGACUGAUAUAGUUAGGUCAUGUAACGCGUACAAUGAUCUACCUACUACUUUGACUAAUGAUCCUGGAAGGUAGCUAGGGGUGGCCAAGCCUUCUCAACUGUCCAUGAAGACACUGAUUGCUGGAGUAAGCCAUGCAGGUAAGUUAAAACCACCUGGUUGGUAUCAUUGUGAUUAUCGUAACAAGUAGUUAGGGACGUUGUGUAACGUGGUUGAGAAUCGUUCGCAAUGGCACAGGUGCAUCCAUUGUUUGUUCUCUCCUAGAUCCUAAAUUCCUAAAUUACUUGAUAAAUUUGUUUAUUCCAAUCAUCCAUAUAUUCUCGAGUUAUAUCUUCAAUCCCUAGUCUUUUCCAUUGCCACUAAUACUGUUACUGCCUCUAUUACUUUGGGAUUUACCUGUACAAUGUCAUCUCGCAACUCUAGUGUGGUAUGACAACUUCAACCGGUGUACACAUGUACCAGGUCCAAUGUUGCAUAUGACUAACUGAUUCUAGUUAUACAGUUAUUAGAUAUCUAGUUGUAACAGCUAUCAAAUACCUGUUAAAUAUUUAAGGUGAUUUUUAGUUUAGAUCACUGACUAAAAUUAUUUGGAUAACCACUAUUUCGUCCUAGUAUGGAACUACUCAAUUGUGUUCAUUCACAACUCCACCGGGUGAGUGAACUCAGAACCCUCAAAUUUCUCGGUGACUGAGUAACCUUCAGAACUCUGAGCCGAGAUCUAACGGUUUAUGUACCUAGCUUCAAUCGUUUUGUGUUGUUGGUGAGUAGCUACCUGACACCAGACACGUUCGAGCUCCACUAGUCAUGGCUUCUCAAUAGUUUUUCGGAAAGUAUCUCUGAGAUCGUGGAUAAUGUUUUCUGAAAAGUCUCAUACUAGGAGGAAACAGCCACUCAGUUCUUGUUUUUCAAUACUUAUCUAGCUAAAGUCAUUUCGCGAUGUAAACUAUUGAAUGCAGCAACCUCCACUCCCCUUUGCACUGAUUUCAAGAUAUGGUCAAAGUUCACUCGGACUCAUUCAAUUGUACACUGAAUAUAUAUAAACAAUUGGUAUUUAGUGGUCUAGAUUCUUAUUAUCUUGAUAAUAUUUACCACACAUUUUUAUAAUUAAAUAUUUGAUAAAUUCACAAAAUGAUAAGGUGUAUGAAUUUUAUCCUGUUAUCAUUCUUAGAUUAAUAAAUUGGAAAAAGCUGUCAUCAUAGAAUGUUAUAUAUUGACUCAUAUUUAAAUAACAUUAAGUGGUCUCAAAAUUAGCUGAAUAAUCAUUUUAGGCGCUCACUCAGUACAAUAUUACUGCUAAUAUUUCCAUAAAUAAUUCAAUUUUUCAGUAGUUUUUAUGUACUAUUUUGUGGAGAUUAAUGAGAUUAUUCGGAAUUAGUCACUAAAUUAGAGAUUCUACAUUUUUUAGGUGAGUAAAGUGAUUGAUAUGUCAGAAUAUUCUUCUAUGUGGUUUCUCGAAAGUAUGUUUAUUUCAAGAUAUUUCUAUGACCAAGGCGUAUUACAACGUGAAUCUUUAGAAAUUGUGUUUUACCUGUUUAAGUAACACUACAUAAUGAAUAUACUUUGUACUGAAUUAUGAAAGGGUUCUGUAAGUAGUUGACGUGAAUCAUUCUUUUCUUGUGUUUUCAGCACCAAUCGAUUGGCCUGAGGAAGAAGAAUGGAAAGUCACUCCAUCAGCUGUGGAUAUAAUAACUAGGCUUCUUGAGCGAGAUCCUCUACUCCGUCUUGGAACUAUCGGAGGUUCAUCCGAAGUUAAAGAAACUACAUUCUUCUCUGGUCCUGGUGCAGUAGAUUGGAAAAACUUAUUGAGACAAAAAGCAACUUUUGUACCUCAACUUGAACAUGACGAAGAUACUUCGUAUUUUGAUCCACGUACUGAUCGUUACAAACAUGAUGUGGAAAACGAUGAAGAUGUAUACAUUCCUAUGGAUUAUGGUGUGUAUAGCAAUAGAUCUUCCCCUGCACCCCAUUUGUCGGUUUCCCGAAAUUUCAGCUUUAAUUCUUCUGCCGAUCAAAGUCUAACGAAUAUCAUCCGGCGACCUGCAGCUUCUCGUCUUGGACGCGCUAAACAGCAAGCUGCUGAACAUAAACGUAGUCACAGUUUGGGGGAUAGUAAUAAUUUGUUUCUUCGGUCAUUUAAGUCUCGUCCCAAAAGUCGAAGCAUCCGUGAUUCACCUAUAAACACCCCACAGUCAUUUAUGCAUUCAGAGCUAAGCAGUUCUAGUUCUCAGCGGUCUUUAUGCCAACAAAAAUAUGAUCCUGAAAAGAUUGAACACGAUUUGGUAACGUCUACUUUAACUGCGGAAUCUGUUGCAAGUCGUAAUGCUUUACACUUAUUGCAAAACUUAUCAUUAACCUCUAGCACCAUAGAAAACUCUACGUCCUCAAAGUUAGCAAGUGAGAAUAGUAUUCAUAGUCAACAGUCUAUGACUUCCGGAAUUAGAUUAGAAAAGUUGAAUAUAGAUGUUACCAAAUCUGAAGUUAGUGAUGAUGACCACGAUGACAAUCAGAACAUCACUGAUGAGUCACGUACAUUUCACUAUUUUUCUUCCUAUUCACCUCGUUUCUCCGUUGUUUUGGAACAAGCUAGAAUGAAUGAACUUCGCAACAAUUCCAAUACGAGUUUGAACUCUAACGAUGUUGAUCCUGUCAGUGAAAAGAAUACGCCUCAUACCUCAUCUCGUAUCAAUCUGGCAUCAUCCAAUAAUUUUAAUAUUAAACGUGGGAAUUCUGAACUUCCUAAAGGGACCUGUACAUUUGCUGCAGAUAAACAACAGUCAAUUACAAAUAAACAAAAUAUAAUUUCUUCUGACCAGUCAUUGAAUAGUUUUCAAAUUAACACUAACUCAUCAAAUUUUCAGUCAUCUGAUAUACCAAGUGCUCCUGAAUCUUUCAAAUGUGACCAGUUCUCUUCUGAAAUUGUUAACCCAAGCGUUAUUAUCCCUUCAAUCACUCACACUGGUACUGAAAAUGCUACUCCCAUUCUGUUAAACAUCAAAGAGUCAGAUAAAUUUCAUGUUAUUUCUGAUGCUAGUAAACAUUCAAAAUCUUCAGAAUCGGAUUCUAAUUCUAGUUUAGAGCUGUUUCAAAAUGAUUCGAGUAUCCGCUCUUUUGGGAACUCUACAAGAGAAGAUGAACCAACAAUAUAUCAACCUAUUACUCUUGUCUCUUCUGAAUCUGUUGAAAAACCUCCACUAAUGCCCAUAAAUUGCCCUAACCUUGAACAUUUCGCUAGUCACACAGCUUCUCAUUCAUCGACUUCAAGUUCAUCUUCAUCUAAAUCCUCACUUUCACUGACAACACUCACUCCUCACCUAACUCCUCAUACAGAAUCACUUUUCUCUCCUAUAGGUGACCAUGAUUCUACUUUACAUAAAGGUCCAUGGUUUCUUAAUGUUGAUUUAAAGCCAGAUGAAGGACAUUUGAAUGUCUGCCCUUAUCAACAUACUCCUCGUUCGUUUAUGUCCUUUAAAAGUACAUCACCUGUACUCGGUCAAAGUAGUGGAACUUCCACAACCAAAUCAGAUAUGUAUUGCUCUUAUUCACCAUCCUCAUCCGGACCCUUGAUUUUCAACAAUCCCUCACGUGUUAUGCAUCUUCCGGUUUCUCCUGUGGGUCACAACCCUCCUUCUUUGCGACCUUUCAUGCCUUAUACACUUGGAAUUCCUCGCCAAGCAAUCAUAAUCAAUAAAGGUAAACAAGGCUUUGGUUUCGUUUUCCGAGCUAUUCGAGUAUUUUUUGGUUUAUCAGAUGCAUACACAUUGCAUCAUCUUGUACUUGGAGUUGUGCCUCAUGGUCCAGCAGCCAAAGCCGGCUUAAAAGAAGCUGAUUUAAUUCUAAGUGUUAACGAUGUAUCGACAAUUGGAAUGUAUCAUACAGAUGUUGUGAAGCUAAUUUUACAGAGUGGGACUACUUUACGUCUUCAUGCAACUCCUAUUAGUCAAACAUUUAUUCGUUCUGAUGGACCAUAUCGUUCUUCUGGUCGUCUUGUACCACGUGUUACUUCAGCUCAUCUAUUGAAUAAUAAUAAUAAUAAUAAUAAUAAUAAUAAUAAUAAUAAUAAUAAUAAUGGUAAAAAUAAUUACACUACAAGAUACUCAAAUCAAAUUCCAGAUAAACACACAUGUACAUCUUAUACACCAUUUAAUCCCUUGAUGAGUUGUCAUUCUAAUUCUCCCGAAAUAAUACCCAAAGAUGUUUCAUCACUACCUUUUGAUGGUAAGUCAUAUGCUUCCGUAUGUGCAUCAAAUAGUUCAAGGCACACCGAUGAAGUUGCUAAACGCAUAACUCGACGUUUGACAAUUAGAGAAGCCCGUCAUCGUCAUUUGAAUAAUGGAGCUUACGAAUCUAAAGUUCAACAUAUACAACCAGAUACCAAUUUAAAUUGUAUUCAUCAAUCAGACUCAAUGCCGAACAAUGCAUAUAUGGAUAAAUCGAAAAUUUGUUAUUCUCAGCCAGUAACAUGUUCUAAAGGAUCUGCUCAAACCUACGCUUCUGUUGCUGCUCAACGAUUUGGUAUUUCUCUAAGUCAAACCUCUACACACCCUAUAAGCUCUAACUCAAUUUCUCAAAAUAAUAUUAUGUUUUUUCCAGCACAUCGUAGGUAGGUUUAAUUUUUAUGUAGUUAAAGUUGACAUUUUUUGUUUACCGCUCAUGAAACCAACAGUGACCGACCCGUUUCGAGCUUAUGUUGUAAAUGAAAAACUUGCAUUCUUCCUCCUCGUUAACGAUACUGUAUGUAUCUAGUUGCAGUAUGGCGUUUUAACUUGACAGAAUUUAAAAUAUUUUUCUUGCCUUCCGAACACAAACGUUGCUUCAGGGUCUCAUUAUCUUCGGUGUUCAUUUUCAAAAUAGAGCAGUGCAUCAAUAUUAUUUCUAGCAACUUCGACCUCAGCGAGUGGUGAAAGAAGCUAAGAUGAAAGUUGAACAAAGGUCUAUGUAAUGAUAUGAAAUAGUAAAGUGUAACUUGAGCUAAAGAGAUUGAAGCCUGGCACUAUUCGAUUACCAACUACUAUUUUGACGUAGUAGAAAUCAAUCCGAAGAGUUAACUGUCAUGUCAUAUAUAACAUUGUGAAACCACUCAGCUUGCCAAACUACCAUACUAUAGUUGCCAACCUUGUAAUAUUAUGAACUGACACUAACCCCCUUAACUCCUACUAGCAGAUCUUUUCUUCACAAUGGUAGUCAGGAAUUAAUAGUUGAAUUAAUGCUGGUGUUAAAUUAGGUUUCGGAUUAUGAAAUCAUGCUUUUAACUAAUUUGUUCGGCUAAUAUGAUAUUAAAGAACCCAACUUUUCUUACUAUGCCUAAACAGAAUUCAUUUUGGCUAAAGUAAUCUGCAGCUCUAGAAUAACAAACUAACUAGAUUCAAUCAGUUUUUGGACGUACAUGAAGGUUUAUUAAACAAGCUUUCACUAUCAACCAAAUUAUAGAAAAAGGACAUACCCUUUUACAAAACGCAAAUACAUAACUCCAUUGAUUGGCAGUUGCGGUUUAUAGAGUACGAUGAACCAUAAACUUGUGAAUAGAGUUGGGGAAUUAAGAAGGUCAGGAGUCAAAAAGGCUUUGUGAUCAAAUGAGGUCAAAUGAGUUGACUACUUAUUUUCAGGUCCCCAUUAUAAGCACUGAUGUCAUUGAUUCAUCUUUCUCAUGAGAAUGAAAUAUAUUCUUAAGCUUCAAUAUUUCGAGUCCAACUCUUUACGAAGUUGAAAAAGCUAUAGGAAAUCUGAAGCGUGAGAGAGCAGCAGGCCCUGACAGGUUUACCCUUGAGAUUUUUAAGGAUGGCGGUCCACUAUUAGCAGCGAGAUUAACUGAGGUCUUAGGUAGAAUUUGGGAACUGGACGUAAUCCCACCUGACUGGUCUCAAUCUCUGAUCGUGCCAGUCUAUAAGAAAGGACAAACGUCCUCUGGUGACAAUCACAGAGGAAUCAAUUUGACUAAUAUAGUGUCUGAAAUAUUAGCUUCAAUAAUACUUUGACGCCUAACCAAAUCUCGUGAAGAGCAGACUAGAGAAAACUAGGCUGGUUUCCGACCUGGACGUGGCUGUAUAGACCAGAUAUAUAGAAGGUUCGACUAGUUUUUGCCAACUUGCAUCAUUUAUGGCGUAGGCUAGAUAUCCGUCUAUCAACCAAAGGACGGGUUUACUUUGCAGCAGUUCGUUCCGUCCUACUUUAUGGCAGUGAAACAUGACCGGUAAGAGUAGAGUAUAUUCGUAGAUUACUAAUAUUCGAUCAUAGUUGUCUUCGAAACAUUGCUCGUAUAUCCUGGGACCACCGAGUAAGUAACUCAGUUGUUAGGAAACGGGUAAUAGGUAAGGAUGGCAAAUCAAUUGAUGAAGUAGUGAAACCUGAUCAGUUGAGAUGGCUGGGACACGUGUUACGUAUGCCCAACGACCGACUGCCCCGACGUGCGAUGUUUUAUGGUGUAGGAGUAGGUUGGAAGAAAGAUAGGGGUGGCCAGACCAAAACGUGGCACAAAUACAUGAAGUUACUGACAAGUGGACUGAGCCAUGUUGGUAGGUGUAGACUACCUGGUUGGGAUCCGCGAGACAAUAGCAACCGAUGGUUAGGAACCCUGAAUGGCAUGGCUCAAAAUUGUCUGCAACGGCGCAGGUGCAUCCACUCUUUGUGUUCUGCCAAAUUCUAGUCUCCUGAAUUCUUCAUGUCCCUUUUUUUCCUCAUUCCAAAUUUAUUUCACUGGAUUAUACUCUUUAAAUAACAUCUUCAAACCCUAAUGUGCCUGAUUACUGCUUAUACUCUUACUACCUCUACCAAUACGGGGUUUGAAUUGACAAUUGUAUCUGUGUGCUAAUGUGGUAUGGCAAUUCGAACUGAUGUACGUACGUACGAAGUUCUACGUUGUUACUGUCUGACAAUAUUUCAAGUUGAGCUCUCCAACAUCAAACGAAGUUACUGUUACGACGGCUUCGAAGGUUGCGGCGGAUCCUCCUGAGGUUCUAAAGGACCCAAAGAAAUUUCGUCCAUUCAAUGCCUAACAGAACUUUCUAGAAUAUCAACGUACCUGCUGUGAUUGGACAAUUGCACAAUUUUGUUACUUGCAGAUAAGCUGGAUGGCCAAUUCUAACAACUAUAGAUUCCCCGUUUUUCUGUACAUUUUUUACUCUUACCUAAUAAACACUUCCUUUGUUUCUUUCAUGUUUUGAUGUGUUACUGUGGGGUUCUGCACGUUCGAUGGCCGAUAGUUGUAUACCGUAUUCUGCUCUAAUCAUGUGGAGAACGUAAUAGUUACCUGUGAUGGUUUAUAUUUCAAUAUAUUCUUCUAGUCGUUAUGUCGCUAAUUAUUAGAAUUUUAGUACUUAUUUUACUGCAAAACUGUUGUUUUUAUCUGAGUGGCAUACUGUUUGUGAUAAAUUAAAGUGUAACAUUUGGCAACUUUUGUUAUAUUGACUAUUUUUACUGUAUAUACUGCAAAUGAGAAGGAAAAUACAUUGAACGUUCGGGCGAUCGAUCAAUCAAUUUUCAUACAUUUUUUAAUGCGGUGUAGAUACUGGUAAAUUGAACUAAUUUCUAAUACUCUAUUACACCCGUUCCCUCUCGUGGGGCAUAGGCCCCCGACUGGGUUACCGUUUUUUGCCAAUGUUCUUUUCUACGGAACGAAAUCGCUAACCUGAUGGCCAAUCCUUCUCCUUUAUCCAAGCUUGAAACUAAAGUAGCUUUAAAAGGGCUCUAGGCGGAGUUUUCCAAUGCUCACAAUUUUCAUAAAAUAUCUGAGAAAACAGAUUAAACAGUCCAAUCCCUAUCUCUACAGAGUUGCAACUAACUGUUAAACUUGUCUUAAUAAUUACCUUCUUACUUUGAGUAAGCGAAAUAUAAUGAAACUUAAAUUUCUAUGAGCGUGUACUGUUAUUAAAACCCUUUUAAAAUGUUUUGUUCGUAAUUCAUUAAACUACGGCUUCCAUUUUAUCUCUUUAGAUCCCUUGAGAAACCUCUUAUUCGUCAGUUGAGCGAACGACAACAUCGAGCUAUGUUUUCCACGCCUGAUGAUAUGUCAUUAACCAACAGUCCCACAGUGUAUUCUCCUCGUAAUAUAAUCCCUUACAGUUCACCUAAUCAAAGUCCUAGGUCUGAUCAUUUUCAGAAACAAAAUGUAUUCAGUUUUCAUAGACCAUCACUAACUGUCACUCCAGGUUUUUCUGGUUCUUCGUUCUCUUCUGGUUGGUGUUCAGGUGGAGACUUAUCUUCACAUAGUUCUCCGGGUUCUGGUAGUUCAUCUUCUGCAUCAGUUCCUCGACCUUGUGAUUCUACUCAUUCAUCUUUAAAUCCAUUUCAACAGGGACGUUUUGGUAGCCUACGGGCCUCAUGUCAUUCGGCUAAUCAUUUCCUCAAUUCGAAUUUGGAUAAUUCAUCAAUGAAACUGACAUCCGCCCGUCGACAAGCGCCUAAAUCGACAUUUGUUACACAAAAUUCAAAUGGGUCUCAAUGUAGACACAGCGAUCCUAUUCGACAUGUUAAAAUUUCAAAAGAUACUCGAAUCGUUUGUUCCGUUGUACCUAACGUGCGAAAUUCCAACAACAAUUUGUCUGCAUCAAUCCAAACUCCUGCUUUUACCCCGUCGCCACCACAGACUGCUAUUCAAAAGAUCGACUCAGAUAAAUUCUCAAUUCAAGCAAAUGCUUUAGUAUCAUCAGGUCAAGUUAAGCUACGUAGGCAUAGUCAUCGAUUCGCCGUUCAACAUGUAACUUCACCAAAAAGUCCAGCUGAAAGUAGUGAUGAAAAAUCCAAGAAUUAAUAAUCAUUGUUGAAUUUCUAGUAUUCCGAUGGUAAGAUGUCUUUUUUCCUCCUAUUUUUUCUCUAACUUACUUUAGGUUUAUUCAACUAUCGUCCCGAUUGAUUGAGAUAGAAUCAAACAUAUUUAAAUACUGUGAUUGUUAUUUAUUUAUUUUUUUUUUGAGUACCACUGGGAUUCGAAAUUAUACUCAUGAGGAAACUUGUUACGAUUUUUCAAUGUAAUUCGACUCUCCCGGUUAUUAUUGACUUGUUAAAUUUCAUGUAUCUGUGUUCAUAUUUCUCUUUAUUCAGUUCACCUUUUGUUGUAUUGCCUUGGUCGUUAUAGUUAUUUUCUCUAUUAUUUAAUGAAUAAUUAUCAUUAUUUUAUUCAUACACUACAUAUCUCAAUAAAUUGUUCAUCCAUCAUAUAGUCUUACAAUUUGUUCAUAUUGAAGUUGAUCAUCUAUUAUAUGAUAGCUUCACUAUGCCCCACAUUCCUUGUAAUACAAUACUCUCGUGUUUGUUGUAAUAAUGCAAUUGUUAUUAAAGUCAGUUACAUUUUUAACGGUAUCCAUGGUAUCAGUAUUGUAUUUCUUUUCGUUUAUGACAAUUACUAUGAUUUGUGAUCGUGUCUUCCUUUCUUUUCUCUAUCAUAUCUUUUCAUAAAUUGAUCAAUUUAUUUAUGGAAUUCUUUUUUCAAGGGAGUGUACACAUAAAACUUCCUUACAUAUGUGUAUGUGGGUCUAUUCAAUCAAAAGCUUUUCUUUGUUUACAUGAACAUACGUUGCUAAACCUAUUCACCAACUACUUGUACAGUUCUCUUAAGCUACACUAUUUUUUUCCGUUUCUUUAUUAUUAUUAUUAUUAUUAUUGACUUUUUUGUUUAUUGGUUACACAUUAUACGCACUUAUGUUUUAGUCUUUUUCUAAAAUGUAUCGUUAUUUCCUCUUAGUUUUACUGUUGCGCAAUUUGCUGUACUUUUUCAAAGAUUGUGUAACCAAGGUAAUUAGAAAAUUAAUUAUUUAUCAGUUUAUUUACUUAUAUGCUUCUACCAUUGUUCAUUGGCUCUUCCCUCAAAUUUAUUUCUACCUGCUAUAUUAUUAUUCACUCCUGGAUUUUAAGUUGUUUUUCAUAUAUAUAUAUAUAUAUAUAUAUAUAUAUAUAUAUAUAUAUAUAUAUAUAUAUAUAUAUAUAUAUAUAUGCUUGUGCGAUCAAUUUAUAAAGAUUUCUUUCAUCUGUGACUAACUUUUAUCAUUUGUUGUGUUUUAAAGGUGUGGGGUUCAGGGGAUCUAUUGAAAAGUUACUUAGUUUCACCGUUUAUUGUUAGUUUUGUGUUCAUUUCACCGUCAUCUAAGCUUUUUCGUCAUUACUGCACUACCAGUUGAUAUAAUCAAGUAAAUG